GGAAUUUAGUUUUCAUCAUGUGAAUUUUCACAACCACCAUAUCCAUCUAUCCCCACUUCCCCUCUCUCUCUUUCUGUUGAGUUCUUCUUCCUCCUCCUCCCUGAUCCAUGACAGAGCUCAACCAUCUAAGCACAGACCUCAUAGAACUAAUCCUCUCUUUCCUCCCAAUCCCAACCUUAAUCCGUUCUUCCACAGUCUGCAAGCAAUGGCACUCCAUAAUCUCCUCUGUCUCCUUCUCCAACAACCACAACAACAACAAGAAGCCAUGGUUCUUCCUCCAUGGAAUCCAUAACAUCUCCUCAAAGAACAACCAGUCCUUCGCCUUUGACCCAACCUCCAAUUCUUGGUUCCUCCUCCCAACCUUCCCACGAAAACCUUGUUGACAUUGAAGACCGUUUGGACGUUGAGAUUUACGACCCGGUUCAGGGGACAUGGGAGCUUAGUCCUCCUUUACCUGCAGAUUUCAGAUCUGGAAACUCUUCUUCUUCAUUGUCCUCCGCCAUGUUCAAAGGGAGAUUCUAUGUCUAUGGGAUAUAUUCUUGUUUUGUUGCUUCCUUCGAUCUCAAGCAACGGAUUUGGAGUGAUGUUCAGACGCUUAGGCCUCACCUGGGCGUCGCUUUCUGCUUCUUGAUUCCAUGUAGCAAACAUCUCCUUCUUGCUGGCGUUUGCAAUUCCCCGCAAGGAGGGUGUUCCUUUAACCUCUGGAAGGUCGACGAGGGAACCAUGGAGGUCUCUGAGAUUGGGGCAAUGCCGCGUGAACUGCUCUAUGCCUUGUUUGAUGGCGACGAGGACGACGAGUUCGCGAGCCUCAAGUGUGUAGGGUUGGAUGAUCUUGUAUAUGUUUUCAAUGAGGAUUAUCACAGUGUUUAUCCUUCUUGUGUUUGUGAGAUUGACGCUGAUUCUGGGAGAUGUAGCUGGAGGAGGGUGCCUCAAUUGCCAUCUCCGGUGAACAAGUUUCACAAAGUUAUUAGUUUUUGUUCUACUCUUUCUCUGCAUAGUAUUCUUGGUGAUGAAGAUGAACAUCUUCAAAUUCAAUAGGUGAUACUCUGUUUGGCACUAUCAUAAUUUGGGGCAAUUUCUUGUUUAAUGUUUAGCCUUUUGUUGUUGUGUUCUGUUUUAAUAGUAAGGAAUUGGCAUAGUACACUUGUUAAGGAGACAAGAAACGAAAACUUUUCAAAUUUUUCAUGUUUCUUUGGUUGUCUGCUUAAGAAGUAUUCUUUGCAAGUUCUUACAUAAGUCUAAGACGUGAAUUUGUUCUGUAAAAUAAUCUGUUUUCUCGAUCACCAUUUUUUUAGUGCUGCUUCUGUUUUACAAUUAUUUGUGAUUAUGAAUAAACACAGUCACAACUAUUUGCCUGAAA